CAUGGCGCCGACCCGGCAGAUAGAGACGCUGGUAUGCACGUAGCCUUGCAACGACCUCUGCAGACUGGCAAUGGCAUGUGCUGUCGUUCUGGGCAAGCUUUGUCACUACUUACCAACCGCCACGGUUGUGUCCUUGCCGGCCGUGGGAGAAGGCGCAACUGGAAUGCAACCCUGCCGUGUGCCAGAUUGGCCAUUUUCACAAAGUUGCCGAGCCGGCCGUUCGCUCCUGCUAGGAGCAGGAAGGUUAGACGGUCCGCGAUGCAUCCCCUCAGAGGCCAUCCUCCCCGAUGGCUGCACCAGAUAUCGCGAUGCCGUCCUGUAAGCGCCAGCAACUCCUCCUCCCGCCAGCUCUCUCAACAUGGUAUGGAUCAUACACACAGACGUUCAAGCUCCAGCCCAUGCCGUCAUCACGCGCCCCCAGCUUCUGUCAAAGUCCGAGGCGGUGCGUUUGACAGAUCGAGCACGCACUCUACCACGUCAGCCAAAUCCAUAAUGAUGCCGCUCCGCGUGUAACAUCGACGUUGCGGGGGACGCGAGCCAGGCGCCGUACCACGGGCAACCCUGCGAUGGGAGUGAAACCUUG